GCCGGCUGCUCCUGUAAAGAUGACAAUCUGGGAAGGUCUUUACUUUGUAUGGAAACCUCCAUGAGUCGAAUCCCGGAGGACAUUCCCCAUGACUUCGCAAAAAUUCGAAUUGAAAACUGCCACUUGACAGAGCUGCCUCCAGGAUCUUUCUCUAAAGUUAGUGCCUUGGAGUAUCUCUGGCUAAAUUUCAAUGAGAUCACCCUGAUGAACAUUAAAUGUCUGGAGGGGCUGGCCAACUUGACGGAGCUCAGGCUGCAAGGGAACAAGCUGACCACAAUACCGUGGACGGCGUUUCAAGACACUCCCAAACUGAAGAUUUUGGACCUGAAGCACAAUCGUCUAGAUGUCCUUCCCGAACAAGCCCUUAGAUACCUACCUGCCCUGACCUACUUAGAUUUAUCCUUCAACCAGCUCAGUGUGAUAUCAAAAGAUGUCUUCCAUAACUGGCCACUUUACCAAACCGCACAGAGAGCGUGGGGCAAAGAAGGGCUGGUGUCCAAUGUUGUCCUGGCGUUGCACGACAAUCCCUGGCUGUGCGACUGUCGACUCAAAGGCUUCGUUGAAUUCAUUAAAGGUGUCAGUCCUCCCAUCAUUCUCAUGAACUCUUAUUUGAUGUGCUCGGGGCCCAAUUCCAAAGCUGGAAAGUUUUUCCAUGAGAUCCAAUUAAAGACAUGCAUGAAACCAGAGGCCUCCUCCCCACAGACGAACAUUUCUUUACCUUUUGGAGCAAACGCAACACUUUCAUGCUUAGUCAAGGCCAGGCCAGCUCCAAACAUCCACUGGAUGUACAGUAUGAAGAUUAUAAGAGGAUUUGCUGCUACAGAGACUCAAGUAGAUGAAGAGACGGUCUCCUCCAAGCUUCAGAUCCCCUCUCUCCACCUUGCAGACAGAGGAUUCUACACCUGUGUGGCCAACAAUUUCAUCGGAAACUCCUCCAUCAGCAUCCUGGUCAACAUCAGCUCCCUGAACUCCACCUUUCCUCUCCCUCCACCUGUCCCCAUAUUGUCGUCUGAUGACAACGCCUACAUCGACAUUCGAAUCGCCAAGCAGACAGUCUACGGUAUCACCUUGGAGUGGCACGCAGUCACAGACAACCCAGCAGAAACAUGGUACACCAUCCACUUUGGCAAAUAUGAUUCACCCAAAAAGGAGAUGAUCUACAUCGGCCCCGGCAUCAACAGCUACUCCGUUAACGACCUGCUUCCUGUCACCAAAUAUGAGGUGUGCGUGAGUCUGAAGAACCAUCCACCGAGGGAGGGACAGUGCAUUGUGUUCGUGACAGGAAAUGACAUCAGUGAGAUGGAGCAAAGAGAGAGACUCAUCCACAUCAUUGUCAUCGUGUGUGCCAUGGUCCUAGCUGUGCCGGCUGGUAUGUACGCCUGCACCACGGAGGCCCGGUUCAACUGUGUGGAGCGCUGUGUGAAUCUGUGGAAAAAACACAGGCCACGGGCAGAGAGGGAGAGCCAGUCAGGGACAGAGAGGCAGGGAACCUUCGACAGUCUGCAGGCGACCAGUGAUGAAGUCCUGUGCAGAGAGGCUGAAAAGCCGAAAAGGAAACGGGAGAAAGGAGGAAGUGCAGCGUAUAUGUACUAG